UUCAGAUGCCAGAACAGAGCAACGACUACCGCGUGGUGGUAUUCGGUGCUGGGGGUGUGGGCAAGAGUUCCCUGGUGCUCCGCUUCGUCAAGGGGACGUUCCGCGAGAGCUACAUCCCGACCAUCGAAGACACCUAUCGCCAGGUGAUCAGCUGCAACAAGAACAUCUGCACGCUGCAGAUCACCGACACGACGGGGUCGCACCAGUUCCCGGCCAUGCAGCGACUCAACAUCUCCAAGGGGCACGCGUUCAUCCUCGUCUACUCCAUCACGAGCCGGCAGAGCAUGCAGGAGCUGGAGCCGAUCUGGGAGGUGAUCAGGGAGACGAAGGGGAACAUGGAGGACGUCCCCGUCAUGCUGGCCGGGAACAAGUGCGACGAGGUGGAGAACCGGGAGAUCAACUUCUCGGAGGGAGAGGACCAGGCGAAGCGGUGGAAGUCGUCCUUCAUGGAGACCUCGGCCAAGACCAACUACAACGUGAAGGAGCUCUUCCAGGAGCUGCUCAACAUGGACAAGAACAGGAACAUGUCGCUGUCGCUGGACGGCCGGGGAGGGAAGGGGGGGAAGGGGACGCAGAAGAUCAAGGAAAAGUGUUGUCUCAUGUGA